UCUGUCUAUAAGAUCACUCAGUUUCUGCAGAGAAGGACAGUGCAGAGCUCUCCUGACCUUUGCAGCCAUGAAGGCGGUGAUUGUCUUUCUUAGUGCCAUGGUCCUGCUCAGUUUAGCAGGUAACACUUCAGCUAAUUUAGUGGGGAGAAAGGCUAGUUGCAAUGAUGCUCUUGGGGGAUGUCCCAGAAUGUAUGACCCUGUGUGUGGGAUGGACGGAGUUACCUACCCCAAUGAAUGCACCCUGUGUUCUGAAAACAGGAAACGCCAGGUUCCUGUCCUCAUUAAAAACUAUGGGCCUUGCUGAAAGUCAAGAUUUUGAACUCUCGUUAAGACUACCACGAUGCUUGGAGAGCCUUUCUGUUGAAUAAACGCCUCUGCAUACA